AUGGAGUCUGUCUCUAGGCGAUGUAUGAUCGACAUUGCUUGUGAUUUGUGUCGUGAUUGGAAAAAGUUUGGUUACGUAAAUGGCCUGUCAAAGGAAGUUGAGCAAAUUGAUCAAGAUUACAAGAGAAAUGUAUUUGAACAGGCAUACAGAAUUCUACAAGCUUGGCAGCAAAAAAAGGGAUCUAGGGCUAAUUAUCAAGAGCUGGGAGAAUCGUUUAGAUCAGGAACACUGCUACGCAUUGAUUUAGCUGAAAAAUAUUGUGAAGGAAGAAACCAAAGCCCCCCUAAAACAGGUAAUCGGUAGAUAUUUUACCCGUAAUAAUAAACGUCUGUCUGACCUGAUUAAUGUCCUCUAUAUACACGAGGCUGAGCACGAUAUUUAGAAUUAUGAAGCCGAGUGGAUAUUAACAACCUCCUCAAUAUGCAAAAUUCUCCAUAUCAUGCCCAGCCUCGUUCACGAUAAAAUUGUUAAUUAUAAUGAUUAUUCCAAACCUUGUUCCCCGUUAAUUCUCUGAAAUCCUGAAUCACUUUCUUCAACUUUGUUUUAAUUAUACUUUGAAGAUUAUUUACAUGGGACUUCAGCUUAUAAUUUAAGCUUGUUUUGGUUCUCUUUUGUUUGUUAUUUCUUUACGAUUUCUCAUAGGUUUCCUCUACAGGUAUGUCUGAACUGCCACUUCUCUUGUUCGGUAAACUCAUGUAAAAAGUACUAGUGGCUUUUUUUAUUAUUAUUUUAAUUUGGUGAUAUCAAAACUACAUCCUACACUUGGAUGCAAGGCAGCUCGGACUCUAACCCCAAAACAAAGCCGCUUUCACCCAAACAAGGACUGUGGGUGCAUUUAAGGUGGUGGGUAAGAAGAGAUAAUUGUCACUCCUGGGAAAUGACUCUACACAAUUUCAUUUUUUGUUAUUAGUGUUGCCCUUUUUCUAGGAACUGUAGCCUGUGAGGUAUCAGAACUGCAUGUUCAUUUACUUUUGCUUUACAAUCUUAGAGAAGGGUCAUUUGAGGACUGGGAAGGUGUCAGACACUGUUAUAGAGGCAAUUUCAAAUGAGCUUGGUAAUAAGUGGAUAUGGGUUGGACGGUUGCUUGGGCUGGAGGACACUGAGCUUGAUGAUAUUAGAGAAAAUAAUGGGAGUCUCUAUGAAUGCUCUCACACAAUGCUGCUGUCCUGGACACAGAAAAGUACAUCCCAGGCAACAUACGAGUGGCUUGCUCAAGCAUUAGGCCACACAGCAGUAGGCAAGGGUUUAAUUGCGCAAAAGUACUGCAUUCAAGAUAUCAGCGUGUCCCAACGAGGUAUUACUAUGAACAUUUUGUGAUUAAAAUUAUGAGUGACAAAGAAGAUAAGCAAUUAAUAAGCACUUAUAAGUGUAAAUGAAAAUUCAAGAGAAAGCAGAUAGAUGAAAAUGGUAGACUUCAGAAGAAAAGAAAAGUUCUUGGGUCAUCUUUAAUAAUCUUGUUAACCUAUCCCUACAGAGCGCACAAGCGAGAGAUGGGACAUGUAGGGAGAGAACCCUGGGAACGAGCUUGAGGUCAACCUCACUAGUACAUUUGUAAGAGAAGCCAUGAAAGGGGUGGAUUAAAUGGGACCAACCAUACAAACUAACUGCAAAACACAAGGACAAGUUCUCAUAACAAAUAAUCAACUUGUCAUUGUCUGGACAUAUUAAUUAUUAAAUCAAGGUGUCCUUAAUCAUACACCUGCCUCUCUCCUUUGCCGAGGCCUUGUUGUGUCACAAUUACGCAGUGGAGCAGAUAGGUCAUGACCGGAUAGGUCAUGCAGUACUGGUCAUACUGAUAAAAGAAUGCCUAAGUUUGAGACAGGGCUUCUGAUAUUUCGCGCGGUCGCGGACCCGCGAAAUUCAGGUAUUUCCGCGAAAUCCCGCGAAAUUCCCAAAAAAACAUGAAAUACCGCGAAAUCCGCCAGAAAUAUUUCCAAAUACAUGUCGGCAAAACAUAUUUAAUACUUAUCUUGGCUAUUAGACCUCUUCUAUUCACCCCAAAUGUCCAAAUUUAUCUUGAAACUUCGUUACUGCAACGAGUAAACAACGUCUCAAAACUACCAGGCGUUCUUAGAUGAAGGUUGCGAAAAACUGGGUACUAACCAUAAUGUUAACGGCUUUAGCAUUCGCUCAUUUCUCGAGUGAACUGUUGUUGAAAGAGCAAAUGAUUAUCCCUGUUAAAAAGACGUUAAACAGUGCUGGUCAUAUCAACCCAAAAUUGAUCGAUUUUAACGAAAUUUGCCAAAAAGAAUCCAGCGAAAUCGGCUGGUUUUUACUGAUUGUUUCUUGGAGAAGUUUUCCCCAAAAAUUUCCCGUGAAAUCGGCCGAUUUUUCUAAGAAUUUGCCCCGAAAAUCCUUCGAAAUUUGACUUUUUUCCGCUAAAAUCCCGCGAAAUCGGCCGAUUUUUCUGCGAAUUUUGACUUUUCUCCCGCGAAAAUCCCGCGAAAUCGGCCGAUUUUUCAGCGAAUUUUGACUUUUUUCCCGCGAAAAUCCCGCGAAAUCGGCCGAUUUUUCCGCGAAUUUGCCCCUGAAAAUCCCGCGAAAUUUUGCGUUUUUUUCCGCGAAAUAUCAGAAGCCCUGUUGAGAGCAGUCAUUGGACCUUAUAAACACGGCCUAUUGCCUGAGAGAGUUGAUCUAAAUAACUUUAAGGUACUCUAUACCAUGCCUGUGGACUGCCAUUAACUUUUACUAAGUAAGAUUUUAAUGGCAGCCAAUCCUCCAUAUUGUGAGAAGCAAAAAGGUGCACAGAUGGACAGAUAAGGGAUAGCAGUUACUUUAAGUUUCCUUUGCAAAUUGUAAUACCACUAAUAGGUCAAUAACCACAGUCCAGUUCACUGUUGGUAUUUACAACUGUUAAGAUUAUACGUUCUGUGUUAAUCUUAGGUUCAUCUGUUCCUCUUGGGGGAGAAGACAUUCAGUAACUUGAUAAAAAAAUGGAGACAUUACAAGUUUGCAAUCCAACAGAAGGAGCAAGUAAGCUUGAUGAUGAUGGAGCUGGUAGUGUUGAAAAAAUGAAUGACAGGGCAAUAGGUUUGUAAAUGUUUUCUCCAUAAUUUGUCUUUUCCUUGUUAUUUAGGUGUGUAUUUGAGGAAGCAGGAGAUUUUUGGCAGGUUGAUAACAUUUUGCACUAUUCUGUCCCGUACAUUUUAACGCAUCAAUAACUGUCACGAACAAGACCCCCAUAGAGGGGGUUCAUUGGGCUGCCAACUGCACAGUGCAGUAGUUUAAUAUUUAGGAAAGUAGAAAUUAGGGGCAUUUCCAAAACAAAUCCCCUUCCCCCGAAACUCCCUUCCGCCCAAUUAUUGCAUGACAGUAUAAUGUGACUAGCUUGAUCUGUGUUCCUGACUGUGAAAAACAGCUGAAAAAAAGAUAUGUAAGAUGACAUUGUAAGCAAGCAAGCCCUCAAGUUAAUGCAUGUGAAUGUUGUUCUGAUUUUCUUUUCACGAAGCUCUUACAAGACUGGCAUCAAUUUUUUUCACUUGGAUACCUACUGUAAAUUUUGAUUUAAUUGCUGUUUUCGUGAAAGUAGCCUUACAAAUUGUAAAAAGAGCUCAGCAUUUUGUUUCACCCUGAUGCAUAUACUUUCAUGCCUUUCAAAAUUGCACAAGUCUACCCGCCUCUAGAGAUCCUUCUUCUACUUCUUAUCAUCAUCAUCAUCAUCAUCACUGUGCUUUAAUACCAGGUUCAAGAAACCCUCUACUGGUGCCAGAUGAUUGCAUACAAAAGAAGUUUAUUACCAAUCUGCCUUAUAAGGUAAGGGGAGCCUUGGUUGUCAAGCUAGACCCCCCACGCGAAUUAGGAGGAGACUUCAAACAUCUCGCUGACGAAAUGGGAUUUACCACGGAUCAGAUAUUGUAUUUCAAAUCACUGAAGAAUCCCACAGAAACUGUUCUAAAUGGUUGCUCCUCACGCACUAUAGAGGAUCUUUGUAACAAGCUGGACGUGAUUGGACGAGGAGAUGCAAGGUUGGAGAUUGAUAAAUGGAUCGAGGCACAAGACUGUAAAUGUGCAUUAUGUGCAGGUACAGUAAAAACCCACAUUUUCCAAUAACCUACAUUUUCCAGGGUUAGCCUAAACAGGUUCUUACAUAAAUGGUGGUUAACAUAAAUUUAGGCUAUCUAGGUUCUUAAUAGGUUAUUAAUUUCUUGCAAAAAAAAUUAUGUUGUUGCUAACAAGAUUUCAAUGAUCAGCACCCUUAAAUUUGCAUACCUAAUGAUUGCUUAUAUUUUAAUAUGACUAUAAUAGAAUAUAUCUAUUCUCACAUGAAUCUUAAUUUCUUGAGUCAAAACAACUUUAUAUACAUGAUUGUGCAGUAAAACACAAUAUUAUAAACAUUUUCUCAAUGACCUCAAUCAAACAACAUUUAUAUAAGAACCUUUCUCCAAAUUUUAGGCUAAAGAGGUUCUUAUAUACCGGGGGUCUAAAUUGCAAAUUUUAGCCUAACAGGUUCUUAAAUCUUAAGUUCUUACUUGUGUGUUUUUACUGUAGCUUGAAUUUUGUUGGGGACUCUCCUCAUUAAGACCUACAUGUCGUGACUUUACUACCAGCUUGAAAAAUCUGGGGCAUACUACAAACCCAUUUUUUUAAACUCCCAAGUCUCACCAUUGAAGACAAAUUAGAAGAUUCAAGGACAAGGAGGAUAAUGAGGCCGCGAGAAAUAGAUGCACCCGAAGGCUUUAUUUUAAUUUUCUUUUUCCACCAGAAAGGUCAUAAGUAGAAGGAGGUAAAAACAAAAGUCAGAUUGUUUCCACUGACUGUCAAAAUGUUUCUUGAAUAGGCUUAUUAAACAAAAAGCCUGUCUUUUUUGUUUAUUAAGCCAGUUUGUCCUGCAAACUUUGUUUAUUAAACAAGAAACAUGGUAUUUGUUGCUUGAUACGCAAAAACGCGCGCCUUUUUCGUUUAAUAAGCAAAUAAAUUGUGCAAUAUAUAACAAAAGAGCUGCGCUUUUAGGCUUAUUAAGUAAAACUUCCACUAUACAACCAUGGCAACAACUGUAUUUCUCCCAUUCGCCAUUACGGAAAAAUUAUUUUAGGCGAAAGCAACGCCACUUCAACAUCUUUGUAUAAGAAUUGUAUUGAAAUUUUGAUUGAAUAGCCGACUGCUUAAUCUCUCCAUUCAAAGAAAAAGAGACGUAUGUCUUUUCUUUUUGGAACAUAUUAUUUUGCCAGAAAGAUAUUCACAGUUCCUUUCAUGCCGUCAAAAGUGACAUGGAGUUUCUCCGCUAAAGAAAUACAAGAAAAUUUAACGCUUUCAACAAAAAAUAAUGUUUUCAUAACAUUCCAGGUUUCCUUCAAAAGUGUAAACAGGAGUGGAAAUAAACAAUUUACUCCAUCCUGCGGGUCAAGUUCAUUGCAGGAGACUAUGACCCAGUAUUUCACCGUGUGAAACGUUCAUAUCACAAACUUACAGUCUCUUACAACGGUACGAUUUUUAAAAGAAGAAAAGAAAACAUUCAAAAAACGGAAUCUCCGGAGCAUAAUGUUAUUUCUAUUUCGGGAGAACAGGUUCUGCAGGUUCACUGCGCUUCACACUCGGUUGGCAAAGGCAUGAGCUGGGAUAAAAUCUUGCGUUCCAAAGAUUUUGUGUCUACCAGGGGCGGAUCCAGGAUUUUUUUUAGGAGGGGGUGCACUCGUCUCUUGCUCUCCUUCAACACCAAUAAACCACAUAGUUUUUUUUUUGGCAGAAUACCAAUUGUAUUCGAAAACCGCAGGUCAUCUCAGGGGGGAGGGAGGGUGCGCACUCCCUGCACCCUUCCCCUCGAUCCGUCCUUGUCUACUCCGAUGACGCUGUCACUAAAGCGAAAGAAGAGUUUUCGUACUGCAAAUAGAAUAGCAAAAUUAAUUAUUUCAUCGAAAAAUGGAGUAUUCGUAGUCUAAAGCGAACAAAAAAAGCAACAGCACCGUCAGAACUCGUAUCUUGAAUCUGACAUUAAAUUCUAGCGUGCGGGUAUGAAGUUCAGUCAUGGAAAUCUAGCACCCAAAGAAGCUUCAAUUUUUCUCAUGAAUUUGCUUUUUUUGGUUGACCAGCCACGAAGAAAAGACCUUCAUCUGUGUUUACAUGGAAUAGACUUAAAAUACACAAAAAGCAUGGUGUAUAUGAACGUAGCGAUAAUGCCAUUCUGAGCUGAAAAGUUUGUUUAUAACCAAAUGAGACGGUAUUAGUUCCUUAAUAAGCAAAAAGGUAGCCUUUUUUGUUUAAUUAGCAAUUAAAUUGUUCUUAUUAAACCAAAAAAGCACUUGGUUUUGCUUAUUAACCGAAAGAUACACAAGCCAAUGGUUUUCUUUUCCAGUCGCGGCAUUGCGGGAAAAUUAAAGCGCGAAAACGAAUAAUAAACUGAGUAGCAGAAGCAUCUUUGUUUAAAAAAUGUUUUAAUUUUUGUGGAUAGCCAGCUGCUCAGUCUUUUUAUUUAGCGUAAAAAGGAAGCAACCAUUUUUUUUUUUUUUUUAUGAACAAGAUAACUAUUUUACCAAAGGACAAUUUACGCGGCAAAAUUAUAUGAAAUUAUCAUCAAGGCAGCGAGCGAGGUUCGCCUUCCAAAAUUUUGUUUUGAGAAGGAAGAACGGCUGACUUCUUCCAUGGUUGAUGGAUUUAUCUAAUUCUACUGUUAAGGGAAAAUUAUCCAAGGCUGUAGAAAACACGACUAUUCUAUCUUUGGGCGAAAUGAUUACAAUUUUGCACGGCUGCUUAUUUUUUAUUAUUUUAAAAGCGGAAUGUGGCUUUACAACGCUCAUGAACCUCGGCUUACCAGUAAAUCCGCGCAGAAAUUGAGCUCUCUCUACUCUUUUCACGUUUACAAAAGUGAAAGAAAAAAAUUCUCUUAGUACAUUCUAAGUAGAACAGCAACACUUUUUUAUUUCAGCUAAAAUGGAUUAUUCAAAGUCUGAUUUAACAAAACAAGACGAGACGCAACGCCUUUCAACCGAAAGCUUUGCGAAAUCAGAAAUGAACAUCUGUUGAUGAAAUUCAGCGUACAGGUCAAAUUCCAGUUUCACUUUAUCAGUUUAUAACGGGGCUCCCUCGCGCGCGAAGCGCGCGUGGGACAGAGCCCCAUGCUCAUAGAAUAUGGUUUAAAGAAUAUGGUCAACCUCUCUUCUUUUGGUUGUCACGUGACUGACCGAGCGUACGUACGUACGCGUCUACAGAUUGUACGGGUAGGGUAGGGGAGACUAUCAAAAGGAAGGGAGGGGUAUCUCAGGCGUGUCUUGGCAAAUCCACAUCUCUUACAUUGGCCAUUCACAAUAUGGUCAAUUGACAGCUGUCAAAAUAGGAUAGCCACUGACCAGUAUCACAUUGCCAUAUCGAGGGCUCAUGUGUCAACUCAUCAAGGUGACGUGAUUUAUUUGGAAGCUGUCCGCUGACCAGUUGCUUUACUAGGUCGCGCGAUCAAUGUUCAAUCUCAUACUUUCUAGCUAGUUUGAGAGCACAGGAAAACUGAUAAUGCACACAUCCAUUGGACAUCAAUGUUUUGAUCAAUUGACAGCUGUCAAAACAGGGUAUCCGCUGACCAGUAUCACUUGACCGUAUCGCGGGCUCAGGUGUUGACCCAUCGAGGUCAAGUAUUUUUUUGAAGUUAUCCGCUGACAAGUUACUAGUUUUCAAAUGAUCGCAGGCUCAAGUUUGAUUUUUUUUUUCAUUCAUAUGAAAUAUGUUUUGUUUUUGGGCCGCACAAUUAAAAUUUUGAUUUAAAACUGACUUCGGACCCGAAAAUUCAGCCAGCUAUUACAGGCAAGACAGUUGCUUUUGACUUUGCUCACCAUGGUCACGCGUUGGUCACGCUCUACGUCCCUUUUUUAUGCUCUGAUUGGUCAAAAUUUGACAGGCGAGCUCAUGCGGAAAAUUUAUGCAGCAUCUUCAGUCCGGAAUAUCCCUAAAUUUAAGGACAGGGCCAAGUGGUCACGCGACACUUUUCAACCAAUGAGAAGGCGCGCUUGUGUUAACACCGCGGCAAAACGUCUACGCAUGCGCCAGGUUGAGUAUUUCCGGUCUCUUUUUUUAGUCACACUUUCCAGUCAAAGUCUCCCGCGCGCUUCAUUCUGUGUGCAGCUUGUGGUUCAGUUGUUCUGCUUUAUGCUGCUCGUAUUUUUGACUAUUUUAUAGUUAUUGAAAUUGCUUUUAUGGAUAACCAGGCACAGAUCACUGAAACAAUUAGUCGAUUAGAUUCAGAAAAGGUAAGACGAUAAUAACUCAGUGUGUAAUUUUGGCUAGAGCGUCAGGUAAACUGAUUUUCAUUCACGAAAAUAAAGUUUUUGACUGUUAUUUUUCACUUAACCUGGCUGAAACUAAGACAUAAAAUUAAAACGUUAUCAUUGCAAGCUUGUGUAUUGUAGUUCUAAUUUUCAGUUCUUCAGUUUCUCAGUCUACAUGUGUUAAAGCUGAUUCAAACUUUAUUUGGAAAACGACAACACACAAUCGCUUUGUAGUUUUGUUUACCAGUGGGUUUUACCGUGUUGUAAAACGAAACUCUUCUGGGUUGAUUGCCAUGAAACAUAAGCUUAAUUAUACUGUUGAGCCGGUUGGCAGCAAGUUGACAACUCUAUUUAUUUAUUUUUCCAUUCUCAGAAUCAGAGAGCGAAAGCUGGCUCAGUGGCUUUUAGAAGUCGAACUUUUCAUGCCAUGUAUUUAGCAGCUAGAAGUUUCGUGUUUGCAUGAGAUGCAGCCGAGCCGCACAGUCUGAAAUUAUUGAAGUCUUCAACAAAAGAACAACCAUGUAAAAGAAUUAAAUAGGCAUUUUCUUGAAUGAUAGUCAUUUAUAGGCAUGUUUAGUUUCCCGGUGACUGUAGUCAUCAAAGUCAAAGUUGUUAUUAAAUCCCGCCCAUCUUUUGUUUUGAGUUCUUGUUUUCUCUGAUAAUAAAACAAAUUAUUGAACGGACUAAAAUUUUAUUUCCUGGUUUUAGUGUUUUUUAUGAUAAUGAUGACAUCUUUAUUUUGGUUUCUUUCAUAAGUAUUGUUAUUCUUUUCUUAGUUGUCGCCUUCUCCCAAAUUAACUUAUGCCAAACCAGUAGCAUGCAAGAAAGCCAGUAAAAACAAAUUCGUCUUGUCGAGCGCUCGCGACCUGCAAACUUCAAACAUCAUUUUCACCGUUGGUGCAAACAGAUAACCAUGUGGUGCAAAAGUUUGAGGAUAGAAAAAUAUAUAAGCUUUCGAAUGAAGUGAUUUUUUUGGCCCCCUUUUCUGUCUGUUUUGCCCUUUUUGCUUUUAAACUUGGCGCGACGGCAAAGUUAUGCUUACGCUAUUGGUUUAUAUACUAAACCGGAAAUAAAAAGCUGACCGGAUAUUAAAGUUUGUGCUCAUGCGCAUUGCGUUUUGCCGGGGUGUUGCUUGUGUUUAUCAACUAGCCUGAAAUUCAUUAGCCUGAAUUUCAUCCGAUUACUUCGAGUCGUUAUUACUCCCUCAGUAACGUCUGAAUCGACCAGCCGUUAAUGCCGUCCAGUGACGUCACUACUCCUUGAUCUUUGCUUUAAUUCAUGCAAAAAGUAAAACACGAUUUUCAAGUGGCAAACCGAGAAACAUCGUUUGGAAAUGUCUGCAUGAUACAGAAUUGCUUUAUUUUUUUCGAUCGUGAUUCAUGUUUAACGUUCAAACUAUCAACUGCAUGCAGUACAACUCUGAACGGGUUGUACUGAAUUCUAUAAUCAAACUCGGUCGCAAUCACGCAAUGAAAUAAACACACACAUGAAACACUUAGUUCAAAAACACAAUGAUUUGCUUUAAUUGAAAAGAAGCUAUUUGGUCCUUAACGAAGAAAAAAAACAAGGAAACAAGAAAGAACAGCUAACAGAAUCAUUACACUUGACGGUGAAAAUAGCAAGAAGGUCGAAUUAUAACAUUGAUCUCAGAAAACUUCGCGUAAACAAAGUCACCGGCCGCCGAAACCACAAAGCGGCUCUAAAUAAAAAACCUACCGACUCUCCGCAAUGAUUCUUCAUUCGCAGUUCAAUUUAGCAUUUCAGUUUCGAAGACAAGGGCAAUCGGAUGAAUUUCAGGCUAGAAAUUCAUCCGAUUGCUUCGAGUCGUUUUCUCCUCUCAACAACGUCUGAAUCGACGGGCCGUUAAUGCCGUCCAGUGACGUCACUCACUACCCGAAAACCGGGUAGUGAUUUUGAUUGGUUGAUUGUCUAAACAUUCGCAUAAUUAUGUAUAAUUAUGAAAAAUUUUAGCGGGAUUGUCGCUUGAUAUUCAGCGGAUCGCAUCCCUGGCAUUCUUUCUUGUAGUUCAAACAUUUCGAUAAGCUUAAUCUUUAUCUUAAACUGUAAAAUUGCCCGUGUCUUCGAAACUGAAAUGCUAAAUUGAACUGCGAAUGAAGAAUCAUUGCGGAGAGUCGGUAGGUUUUUCAUUUAGAGCCGCUUUGUGGUUUCGGCGGCCGGUGACUUUGUUUACGCGACGUUUUCUGAGAUCAAUCUUAUAAUUCGACCUUCUUGCUAUUUUCACCGUCAAGUGUAAUGAUUCUGUUAGCUGUUCUUUCUUGUUUCCUUGUUUUUUUUCUUCGUUAAGGACCAAAUAGCUUCUUUUCAAUUAAAGCAAAUCAUUGUGUUUUUGAACUAAGUGUUUCAUGUGUGUGUUUAUUUCAUUGCGUGAUUGCGACCGAGUUUGAUUAUAGAAUUCAGUACAACCCGUUCAGAGUUUUACUGCAUGCAGUUGAUAGUUUGAACGUUAAACAUGAAUCACGAUCGAAAAAAGUAAAGCAAUUCUGUAUCAUGCAGACAUUUCCAAACGAUGUUUCUCGGUUUGCCACUUGAAAAUCGUGUUUUACUUUUUGCAUGAAUUAAAGCAAAGAUCAAGGAGUAGUGACGUCACUGGACGGCAUUAACGGCUGGUCGAUUCAGACGUUACUGAGGGAGUAAUAACGACUCGAAGUAAUCGGAUGAAAUUCAGGCUAUUGUAAAGUAAACUUGUCGAAUGCAAAAAAAUUCAACCAGAUUUUUUUUCCAGGCCUAAUUUAAUCUUACGGUGAUCAAGAGCCAUUAUGGCUCUUAAAUGUGAUCGAAGAUGAUUGCUAUUUUUUGGGUGUACAUAAGAGGUUAUCAACUCGAUGUAAGAUUUUAUUCACUCUUGGGCUGUUUGCAAAUUAUUUUUCUCUAAAAUCACUUAGCCUUUCCCUCAAAAGUCACAUGAAUGUGCUAUGUGCUCUAAAGUUAACUAAAUUGUGGAAUACAAGUUUAUUGUUUGAUUUAAAUUAUAAAUAAAUUAAUGGGAGCCUCGCCUUUAGCCCUGGCUAAAUCUAUAUAUUGUAAUUACUAAACAAAAAGUGGGCAUUUGCAUGUUAUAUUCUGAAUUACAUGCCAGGAAGAUUUUUUUCUGCAGGCGAUUAAGGCCUGCGGGGAAAAACGAUGAAAACAAGACGUAGUCGAAGACGAAAGCAACGCGACUGCUGAAUGUGUGAAGGUGAUCGGCUGACAGUUUACUCUCUGCGGAUAUGCUAGUUGCUGAAAUUAAGCAAUUUAAAAGCAAACCUUAGACAUAAUCAGAAGUAUUCAGCACAUACAUAUUUUUUUAAAGCCAUUUAUUCUGAAUUAUAUGACCUAAGCCUUUAGCUUACCAUUUCAAACCCAGUGAAAGGCACCGUAAAGAAACUCGGUUUCGUAAGUUUACGACUUGGACAGUGUAGCGAAUCGUUCUGUGUAACUUCACCUUCCUUUAAUUAAUAUACAUAGGCAAUUACGCGAUCGCCCGAUUUUGUUAAUCACUCGAGUGAUUAGUAAAUGGUAAAUGAGUGGAGUCCAAUUCGGUCUGUAAUCAUACGGGUGAUUAGCUGAAUGGGACGACCGCGUAGAGGGAGUCCGAUUUGUUUAAUCACGAGUAUGAUUACAGACCGAAUUGGAAGACACGAAGUUCUGUUACCAAUUAAUCAAAACUUUAACAAAAUUUGUGAUGUAAUAUAUCAAACAUGAGAUGCAGUGUUUCAUCACCAGUUCUCAAACUCAUAAAAAAUUCAUUAAGAAAAUACAAAGGAAAUUAAUGUUUAAUGAGUGUUUGGAAAUCGGAUGAAACACUGCUUAGUAUUUGCAUCCUUAAUUUCUCCUUCAAAAAUGAUUUUGUUUGAGAAGAAAUAUCAAACAUUCGACACAGUGUUUCAUCACCAGAUGAAACACCUCGAAGUUCGUCAAAAAUACUCCGCUGCGCGUCGUAUUUUCAACUCUCUUCUCGGUGUUUCAUCUGGUGAUGAAACACUGCAUCUCAUGUUUGAUAUAUUAAAUGAAACACCGAGAAGAGAGUUGAAAAUACGACGCGCAGCGGAGUAUUUUUGACGAACUUCGAGGUGUUUCAUCUGGUGAUGAAACACUGUGUCGAAUGUUUGAUAUUUCUUCUCAAACAAAAUCAUUUUUGAAGGAGAAAUUAAGGAUGCAAAUACUGAGCAGUUUUUCAUCCGAUUUCCAAACACUCAUUAAACAUUAAUUUUCUUUGUAUUUUCUUUAUGAAUUAUUAAUGAGUUUGAGAAGUAAUAUAUCAAACAUGAGAUGCAGUGUUUCAUCACCAGAUGAAACACCGAGAAGAGAGUUGAAAAUACGACGCGCAGCGGAGUAUUUUUGACGAACUUCGAGGUGUUUCAUCUGGUGAUGAAACACUGUGUCGAAUGUUUGAUAUUUCUUUUCAAACAAAAUCAUUUUUGAAGGAGAAAUUAAGGAUGCAAAUACUAAGCAGUGUUUCACCCGAUUUCCAAACACUCAUUAAACAUUAAUUUCCUUUGUAUUUUCUUAAUGAAUUAUUAAUGAGUUUGAGAAGUAUAUUUUAAAAUCAAAACACAAGAAAUUCCACGGUGAGGGUAAAAGGCUGAAUGAGUAAAGUGAAAAAAAAGGUGCACAGAUGGACGGAUAAGGGAUAGCAGUUUCUUUUAGUUUCGUUUGCAAAUUUUAAUACCACUAAUAGGUCAAUAAGCACAGUCCAGUUCACUGUUGGUAUUUACAACUGUUAAGAUUAUACGUUCUGUGUUAAUCUUAGGUGCAUCUGUUCCUCUUGGCGGCGAAGACAUUCACCAACUUUAUAAAAAAAUGGAGACAUUACAAGUCUGCAAUCCAACAGAAGGAGCAAGUAAGCUUGAUGAUGACAGAGUUGGUAGUGUUAAAAAAAUGAAUGACAGGGCAAUAGGUUUGUAAGCGUUUCCUCCAUAAUUUGUCUUUUCCUUGUUAUUUAGGUGUGUAUUUGAGGAAGCAGGAGAUUUUUGUCAGGUUGAUAACAUUUUGCAUGAUGAACUGUCCUGUACAUUUUAACGCAUCAAUAACUGUCACGAACAAGACCCCCAAAAGAGGGGGUUCAUUGGGCUGCCAACUGCGCGAUGCAGUGGUUUAAUAUUUAGGGAAGUAGAAAUUAGGGACAUUUCCAAAACAAAUCCCCUUUCCCCAAAACUCCCUUCCACCCAAAAUAUUGCAUGACAGUAUAAUGUGACUAGCUUGAUCUGUGAUCCUGACUAUGAAAAACAGCUGGAAAAAAGAUAUGAGAUUGACGUUGUAAUUAUAUAAGCCCUCGAGUUAAUACAUGUGAAUGUUGUUCUAAUUUUCUUUUCACGAUUAGCUCUUACAAGACUGGUACCAAUUUUUUUCUCUUAUUUACCUACUGCGAAUUUUUAUUUAAUCGCUGUUUUCCUGAAGUAGCUUUAACAUAACAUAACAUAACAUAACAUAAUCUUUAUUUAACGUGGGAGAAACACUUAGCUAAAGCUAUUUUGCAGGUUUUCCACAAAUCAAUAUUAAGAAAGAAAGAAAGAAAUAUGUACAUAGAAAUGUAAAAAUAUAAAAUAUCUAGCAUCUAAAAUUACAAAAUUAGAUAACUAAAAUUGAAUGUUCCUCACUUGUAAAGAGAGCUCAGCAUUUUGUUUCACCAUGAUGCAUAUACUUUCAUGCCUUUCAAAAUUGCACAAGUCUACCCGCCUCUAGCGAUUCUUCUUCAACUUCUUAUCAUCAUCAUCACUGUGCUUACCAGAUUCAAGAAACCCUCUACUGGUGCCAGAUGAUUGCAUACAAAAGAAGUAUAACGCUCUUUUUAAAAUCAAAACACAAGAAAUUCCACGGUGAGGGUAAAAGGCUGAAUGAGUAAUGAAACCACCUGAGAACACUGUUUCUUGGUACCAGACCCUCGUGUCUUCGCUCCCGCCGGGUGUAUGUUUUUGUUUGGAGGCGACCGAACCCCGAAAACCGAAAUUAAUACUGGUUAUGGCGCAAUGUACGGAAAAUGGCGCAAAGAAAUAAUUAAACUGAAAAGCAUGCGCGCGUCUUUGCCGCGCCUUUUUUGGCGCCAAUUUGGGAGAGCAACUGCUUUGCUGGUCCAUUUAUUACUGCUGGCUCAAACCAACAAGGCAGAGUAGAAAGUAGCGAUAAGCUUUCAUGAUACUUAAUUAUCGAUAAUUAAUACUUAAUUUAUUUUUGGUGUUUUCGACAAUACUUUCUCUCUUUCUGACCACCAUUAUAAUAUAGUCAAACGUCAAAACGCUAGAGGGAAAAAAACGCUUGUUGAACGUGAAGUCAGGCUAGCUACAAUUCUAGGGAUUAUUAAUCAAUACGGUGGACGAAUCAGAUCAUAUUUGAGACUAAAUGAACGCCCCGAGUCAAACAUUAAUCAGUAAUCCAGAAAUCGAGUGAAGCUAACUGCUCUCUGUCUCCUUUCGGCCUCUCCGCGUGUCUUCGCACCUUCCUUGUUUGUGUGAGUGUGUGCAUUGAUCGUGAACAAUUCUAAAACGGCAGGAAGGGAGAAAAAAAGAAAAAAAAACACACUCAAUUGCCAAGAUUCGAACUCGCCCUUCUCCGCCAGCUGUUACCUUCGUGUGCCGGAAACUUAGCCAAGCAGCCAAGGAAACAAAUAACAAGAUCCGUUUCAUCACUGAAAAUUAUGUCACGAUCACGUAACUCACCGUCUGAAAAAGAAACACUUCUCACGCGGUUUCGAAAAUAAAUAUAGGUAAAAAGAAACUGUUAAGUUAAUCGUGCAAACAUCUUUUGCAGAAAAGAUUUGGGUAGAUUAAGGAAGCUUAACCUUCCAAAACAUCCUUCCUUCAAUGGCCGACUUUCGUGAUGUAGUAUCGGUGCUGCCAUGCAGCCCGACUAAUAAAGGCAAGAAAAAUCUUUGUAGCUGUGUGAAACAUUGUCGUUGUAUGUCGAGCCCGCAACAUUAAAACAGCGGCUGCGUUUGCAAAUUGAUUAGCGCCCAAAAAGGGCGCUCUUUUCAGUGUAAUUUAUUUCUUUGGGUCAUUCGUUAAUUCGCAUAAUUAUGUCAUUCCGCAAGCCAUGCCACAUACCAUUCCGCAAACUCGUACCGCCUUUUACCCUCACCGGAAAUUCCAAGAUUUUUUUGGCUAGCAAUAAAAAAAAAGGCCAUUUAAGCGCGCGCUUGAUGUGAUGGCGCGUACUGUCCUAUUAAACUGUCCUAUUAAGGCUGAAAUCAGGGCAGUUGAUAACCAAUUUUGGUAAUUAACAAAGUUGAAAUUUAAACGUUUAACUAAUACAUUUUCGUUCUAACUAGCAAAAGACCUGGUGAAUUAGUGUCCGUUUUACAUCAACUGUUUCCAUAAAAAGGUUUUACACUCUUUGCAUGUAUAUCCACAAAAGAAGCAUUCGUAGUUAUUUUUUACGAGAGGGUUACAACACGGUAAUACAAUAACGUUGAUUUAUAGUGAUUAAAUGUGCUUUGCUAGAUAGCUACUUUACCUACAUGCUACGAAAACUAAAAUGAAAAAAAAAAAUAGAAAAAGAACAAAAAAAACCAAGAUGUGUAUUCUCGUCCAAAACCUUUACAAUAUUGUAAUAAUUUUUAACUGUAAUUGUAUUUACAAUUAUAAAAAAACAAAACAAAACAAAAAUAACCACAAAGAAGGUGAUUGCAGUGUGUUAGUCAACAGGUGCAGAUUUUUUAUAAACUUCAUGCAACUUCUUAAACAACAUGGAACACUGACAUGUUGUUUUUGUAUCUGCGCAGGGAGUAAAGUAAAGUCUCAAGGAGUGCUCAUAGAAGAGUCACAAGGAGAUGUUGAAGUACAUGAGCAAGUGGCUGAGGUAGGAGAAAAGUAUGUUGAUGAAACGGUUGAAAUUAAAACUGAAACUGAAGAUGAUGCGGAAGGGGAAAACGUAAUUGAAGUAACAAGUGAAGGUACCAGCUGGGCCUUCAAACAGUGGGCUGUUCACCUGAUGUUUCCUCCUGAUGCUGUAUCUGAGCAUACGUCAAUCGUGGUCCACAGAUGGAAAUACAGUGUCCGUUCACCCCCACUGCAGGAACAUGAAGCCAUCACUAGCAAUGUUAUUGAACUAUCUUCGUUGAAUGGCCAAGAACUAAAAUUUAACGCCAAUGUGAAGCUGUCGUUAACUCACAGUGCAACAGACCUACAGGGCUAUGAGCUAGUAAUGAAAAAGCUGAUUGACGAGGAGACGAAUUAUUGGGAAGACGUAGAUGGAACCAAGGACAUACGUUGUCGUCAAGACUUCGAAGAGAAUCACCCUUCCCACAUGAAAAUAACGGACUUUUUCUUUCCCGUUGCUCAAGCUGAUAUAUCUGAGUGCUCAACAUACACAGUAGUUUGCCGUCUCAAGGCUUCUCCAACUUACACCAUCACAUCUGGUGGCGGCUCAUUCAGCCAUCCUGACUUCCCAGACGUGACAAUUGCAAUCCCUGAGAAUGCUGUUGCACCUAAAGCAAAGUUUCCGUUGGAGUUAAAGGUUCAAGAAGUUUCAAAUGAAGAAUUUGAAGUUGAGGGUAAAUUUCUUGGACCUGUAUUGAGAAUCAAAUGCUUUCAAGCUGUUCAGUUCUUGAAACCUGUCACCAUUCAGCUGCCAAUUUCUCUUCGAGAGCAACAAGACUUGAAUCUAAACCCCACAACAUGUCUCGUCAGAGUGAUGUUCCUCAAGUUCGAUAAUGACAAAAAAGAAUGGAUUGAAAUCACUGAUGAUCUUGUGAAACCGCCAAGUCUUGAUAGAAAGUUUGUAAAGUUCCAUGUGGAACGGUUCUCUGCAUAUUCGCAUUAUGUUGAGAGGAAAAACUCCAGGUUUUAUGGACAAAGAAUCAUAAACUUUUACAACAGCCGCAUUGUUGUUCAGCCCAUACUGACAGUUUUCUUCGCUUACUUUCGUCCGGAUCUUUUAAACAUUUUGUGUCUGAUGUGCUGCCCUGCUCAUCUUAAAGGAAAGGUGCUAAGGAAGCUUGAAAAACAAGGCAUAACGCCUAUUUGCAAAAACUCGAAGAAAGAUAUGGUACCUGGUCACGAUAAGGCAUCCGUGUUUGUAUCAGGAGGAAUAUGCCCACAUGUAAAGCGCGACAUGGAGGAAAUUUAUCUUAGGCUUUUAGAGCACGAUCCAGACGAUGCUGAGUUGGAGGUUCGUUUUCUUAAUGACAAAAUCGUAAGUCGAGUAGAAUUUUAUAGCAUCUCAGAAGCCAGAGUGCCUCCAUUGUGUAGAUUGCACUUAAGAACGCCCACUAAGUGUACAGCCACUCGUUCGGACUUAUGGGAACUUACGCGACAGCCUAGUGCACGAAUGGAAGACAGUCCAACGGACGAUGUACUAGAAAAUCUAUCAAAAAAAGUUUCUAACGAUUGGAGAACGCUUGGGCGACGGCUAACCUUCCGUGAAGCAGAGCUGCAAGAAUUUGAUAAUAGCCAUGAACAAAUAUCCGAAAAAGCAUACGCCAUGUUGUUAGCCUGGAAACGAAGGGACGGCUCAGAUGCCACCUACAGUGUUCUGAACCAAGCGCUGUGUGAUACUCGCGUAAAGCGUAAAGAUUUAGCACAAGAAUUUUGUUGUUACUGA